UGCAUGUAGCUAUGUGGUGUGUAGCUAGUUAGUUGAAUUGAGUGGCUGCUUCGUGAAUGAAUGGUGACAGGAAAUAGAGAUGAUUUAUGGAAGGGAAGACACUGACUCAGGCUCUCAUCAGGAACACAAACAAUCCGAAGCUAGCAUGGCUCAUCUUCAAGCGCGCGGUGCUCUCUGCUCCCAAUUCAUCGCCGCCGCCCCAUCCAUCCAUCCCUCCCAUCACCCGCAUCCUCAUUCGCGCCAAUAUGUUCUCCCAACUCCACGCCCUCCACCGCUUCCUCCUAUCCCACGCCUCGCUUCCCGCUCUCUUCACCCUCGUCAAGAUCCUUGCCACCUCUGGCCACUUCGAUCGCGCCGUUUCUCUCUUACACCCGCUCCGCUCCCUCUUCCCCGAUCGACCUCCGCCCAUUUCUCUUUACAAUCUCCUCAUUCAAACUUCUCUUCGUCGAAACGGUCACAUUACCUCCGCGUCUUGCCUGUACAGGGAUUUGGUUUUUGCCGGGGUUUCACCCCAGACUUACACUUUAAACCUCCUCAUCUCCGCUCUCUGUGACUCCGGCUGCUUACAGGAUGCCCGCAAGCUGUUCGACAAAAUGCCUGAAAAAGGAUGUGCGCCUAAUCAGUAUACUUUUGGCAUUUUGAUCCGAGCUUAUUGCUCAUCCGGGCAUGCUCUUAUAGCUUUGGAACUUUUGGACUUGAUGAAGAAGAUGGGCCUUUGUCCUAAUAUCGUGAUAUACAACACUUUGAUUGCAACCUUCUGUAAGGAAGGCAAAGCGCAUCAAGCUGAGCGACUUGUGCAGAGGAUGAGAGAGGAGGAUGGGCUUUCUCCGGAUGUUGUUACCUUCAACUCUAGGAUUUCAGCUCUCUGUGACUCUAGGAAGGUUCGCGAAGCUUCAAGGAUUUUCAGGGACAUGGAAGUAGAUGGUGAUGAUGGGUAUGGUUUGCCAAAGCCUAAUAAUAUAACCUUUAAUGUGAUGUUGGAAGGGUUUUGCAAGCAAAGAAUGAUAGAGGAAGCAAAGUCCUUGGUUGAGACAAUGAAGAAGCGCAGGAUUUUCUCCGAUGUGAAUAGUUACAAUAUUUUGCUUGUUGGACUGGUGAGGAACUCAAAGCUGUUUGAGGCCCAAUCUCUUUUGACUGAUAUGGUGAAAAAUGGAGUAGAACCGAAUAUCUAUACGUAUAACACCCUGAUAGAUGGUCUCUGCAAGAAUGGAAUGCUUGCCGAUGCUAGAUCAUUGAUGAGCUUAUUAAAAUCGAAUGGGGUCUAUCCCGACACGGUCACUUACACUACUCUCCUCCAUGCCCAUUGUUUAAAAGGUAAGGUCAGAGAGGCAAACAAAAUUUUGAGUGAUAUGAAAAACAGUGGGUGUAUUCCUAAUACCCGGACAUGUAACAUCUUGCUGUAUAGUUUGUGGAAAGAAGGAAAGGUAUCAGAAGCAGAUAGGUUGUUACAGAAGAUGGAGGAAAGGGGUUACCCUUUCGAUACUUCAAGUUGCAAUAUCGUGAUUGGUGGUAUGUGUAGGAUUGGGAAGGUGGACAAAGCGGUUGAAAUUGUUGAGAAAAUGUGGACUCAUGGAAGCGCUUCUGUUGCUCUUCUGGGCAAUUUGGGGAAUUCUUUUCUUGAUCUUGAAAAGAAGUGUUUUCCUGACUUGAUCACUUAUUCAACCGUUAUCAAUUCUUUAUGCAAGGAUGGGAGAUUAGGUGAUGCCAAGAAAAUAUUUGUUGAGAUGAUGGAGAGGAAACUGUUUCCUGAUUCAAUUGUUUAUAAUUCAAUAUUGCAUCAUUUAUGUAAAAGGGGUAAAAUUGCAUCUGCAUUUCAGGUCGUGAAGGACAUGGAGAAAAAAGGGUGUGAGAGGACUUUGCAAACUUACAACUCUCUCAUCUUUGCAUUGGGGUCCAAAAAUCAAAUAUUCGAAAUGUCUGGGCUGAUGGAUGAAAUGAGAGAGAAUGGGAUUUUCCCAAACGUUCACACCUACAAUAUCAUGAUCAAGUGUCUAUGUGAAGAAGGGAGAACCGAAGAAGCGACCCACCUUCUGGAAGAAAUGUUGCGAAAAAAGACGCUGCCUAAUACACAUACCUUUGAGCUGUUGCUCAAAGCGUUCUGUGGGGUUGGAGAGUUCAGACCAGCCCACGAGGUGUUCGAAAUUGCACUAAGUAUCUAUGGCCACAAAGAAACUCUUUAUAGAAUAAUGUUCAACGAGCUGCUUGCUGGGGGAGAAAUCUUGGAGGCUAAGUCAUUAUUUGAAGCCUCGUUAGAAAGACGCUUUGAUGUGAGUGGAUUCUUUUACAGAGAUCUCAUAGACAGACUGUGCAAGGAAGAGAAUGUGGAAAUGGGUCGUGAUGUUUUGAAUAGGAUGAUGGUUUUUGGUUAUGGGUUUGAUCCUGCAUCCUUUAUGCCAGUUAUUGACGGUUUACGUAGGGUGGGGAAUAAGCGUGAAUCUGAUGAACUUGAAGAGCGUAUGAUGGAGAUGGUUUCUAGGGAUAAGGGAGGGACCAAGGCCUACCAGAAUUAUAUGGAGUUGAACCAACAGAAACAAGAUGACAAGUAUGGAACAGCUGACUGGCAGAAAAUUUUGCAAAGAGAUGAUGGUAGUGCAAUCGCAAUGAGAAACUUGAAGAGGGUGCUCCUUGGCUGGGGUCAAAGUAUGUAUGUCUAGAAGUGUUCAAGCCCAGAAGGAUGACAUUUGAUAUAAUAGUUCAAUUUGAUUCUUAAGUACGGAGUACAUUUUUUGGGUGAAUUUCAAACACUAAUAAACCGGUUCAAGCAAGUGAAUCAAUGGAAGUCUUCUAACAACUGGGAAAUGCCUUUCGAUUUAAUAUACUUCCUUGUUGGGGUCCAGGAUGAAGGUCAUGCAUUCUACUUCAUUAUGGAUAGUAGCUUGCGAGUAGUCACAUAAUACACAUGCAAGCACAUAUAUUAUGCAUGUAUAUGGCUGUAUGUAAUAUGAAUGGAUCAAUGUCAUAACUUGGAUAGCCAAGAGGUGUGUAAGUCGUAACUUGUAACCUUCAUCUUGUUCUUCAUACCUCAGUCAGUUUAGUGUUG